AUGGCCCGGCCCGCUCCGAAAACACAGAUAGUUCAGAACUCCCAGGCUUCCACCGCCAAGGUUUGGGUGCUGACGCUGCCUGUGCCUCUCCCAGAGCCGCUGUCCCAGCCGAGAAUCGUGGGCAGCCCCUUUGUGAAGGCGGGAGGCAGCACCCGGCUGGUUUGCAGCGUGCUGCAGGGCAAGGCAGACUCCUACUGGUGGAAGAAGGACGGGGAGCUGCUGCUGGGCAGUGAGCACAUCCAGUUCGUGCAGAACAGCACGCUGUGCAUCCUGCGGGCCAGCAUCAGCCACAGCGGCUACUACACGUGUGUGGUGAGCAAUGCAGUGAGCCAGAACGAGACCUCCUUCCUGCUCCAGGUCCACCACUCUGAAAACGUGGUGCUGCCUGUGGUCCUGGCCUGUGUCAUCAUUGGCUUGCUUGCAGGUAUCUUUGUCUGGUGCCAGAGAAGGAAGAACUCGAGUGACAGCUGUUGGUAGAGCAGAGUCAGCCCUGCCCUUCCCUGGUGA